AUGACAUCAUCUUUUUUGGUAUCACCCUCAACACCAACAGGAAACAAUCGUCGUAUUGAACUUGCUGGUAUGGAUCUAUGGCUAAUGGCACGUAUUGAUAAUGUAUUUGUUUAUCCAUCUGAAAUAAAAAUUGAUCAACUUAAAGAAGCACUUAGUCAAACUCUUUCUUUAUGGCCACUUGUUGCUGGUCGUACUAUAUUAGAGAAUGAUCAACAUUAUAUUAUUGAAAUGUGUGAUAAUCCUAUUCCAAUAACAUUAAUAAUUAAUAAUGAUUUAAAAGAAUCGCCUUUCGAUUCAAAUGUUCUUGUCGAAGCCAAUGACAAAUCAUUUCCAACAUUUAUCGAUGAAGUUCAAGUAAUGAAAUUAUUUAAAAAUUCAUCGGAUGAUGAACCACUUGUUCGUUUAAAAUUAACUCAUAUCGUACAAAGUGAUGAAUGGGUAUUAGGUAUUAGUUGGUAUCAUGCACUAGGUGAUGCUGCUCCAUGUUUACAUUUCUCUAAUACAUUAUCACGUUUUUAUCAAGGAAUGGAACCUACACCACCAUUACCCAUAUUUGAAAGACGUCUAUGGCGAGAGGAUGAAGCUAAACAACCAGUUUUACCCAUACCAAUACAAUUUCAAAAUCCUCAAUCUAUAGAAAAAGCUAUAAAAUUAUUUGGUGAACAUCAAUCAAAUUAUGAUACAUUAGACUUACAUUUUUCUGGUGAACAACUUGCUACAUUACGAAAGUUAGCCGGUGGAAAUCAUGUAACAACUCAUGAUGCACUUGCAGCAUAUAUUAUAUUGACACUUAAUACAUAUUGUUAUAAAAAUAAUGAUGAACGUCGUAUUUUACAUGCAAUUACAGUUGUUAAUUGUCAUGGUGUUUCGGAUUGUAUUGCUCCACAAAGUGAAGUUUCCAAUGCUCUAUUCAUGAUGUUAUCCGAAAAUUUCGAUGAUCCAUAUUCAUUAUCAAAGAUUGCAAUGACCAUACGUCGAUCCAUUAAUCAAGCACGUGAUCCGAAAGUUCUUGAAUCUGAAAUAGCAAUUAUUGAUGGAUUCAUGAGAAAGAAUGCUAAAGAUAAUACAACGCCAAAUUCAGAACUUGUACCAAAUGAAUUUGCUAUAAAUUCAAAUUAUAGAUAUGAUUGGGCAAAUUUAGUUGAUUUUGGUUUUACAGAUAAAUGUCGAUUUUAUAUAUCUUGGAUAGGUGCAUUAUAUCUACGUGUAUUUCGUUUGAAUCCAGAAAAAUCUGGAAAUCAAUGGUUACCAAGAGAUCGAAAUGGAGCUGAAAUAGCAUUUCGAAUGGAAAAAGAUUUGAAAGAAAAGUUUAUUGACGCAUGGAAACGAGACAUUGCGGAAAAUUUUGAAAACAUAAAGAAAUGA